AACAUUUGUGACUAGAUCACAUUACCAGAUUGUAUAUAACUGGACAUGCCUUGAUUCAAACCAUUCCAUUGGAGCUCUUUGUGUUUUUCAAAUGAUUUCGUCCGUUUUGCUCAAUACAUCCUCAACUUCAAUACAUCUCUAUCGUGUUCCUGUAGAACAGCACACACCCACAGGAUGAUGCUGCCGCUACCAUGUUUCUUGGAUGGUAGCGGCUACCUUGAGAUGGUGCGUUCGGGGUGUUUGUUUUUAGCCAUAUGUAGGGUUUCUCAUCAAGGCCCGACUCUUAAACUUGACUUCUCAUAAAUGUCCGACACCACAAACAGCUCAGGGUUUUGGUUUCUGCAAGCGAAGAACAUGACAUUGCACCAGUCAAAAACCAGACAUAGCGCCAUCAACUCAGCUUCCUUCUAGCGUCUCACAAGCUCUGAACACCCAGUAGCUGCACCAAGGACCCAUCGUUUAUUCUGGGAAAAACAUUACAAACAACAGCAGAAAAAUAUAUACAUUUUUUUUGCUUUUGUAUCAGUGAUGGAAAAGAAAAUACAGCAAGCAUCAGUGCUCAGUUUGUUUACAUGCAAGUAGCGGAAACCCCCCACUGAAAACAGUGAAUAAUUUGAAGAUAAGCAAAUGAGAAACAGGCAACAUUAUAGCAAACGAUGGCUUCAUAUCACUUCAUCAACAUAUUCUGAGUCAGCUUCACAAGGAAUUAACUUGUCUGUAAAUGUUUAGAGGAAGAACAAAACUUAUACAUGUGCGUCGCAAUAAAUUUAUUGAACGAUUAAGUAAUACCAAUAAAUAAAAUUUUAAUUUAAAAUGUAUCCGUUACAUACCGUAAAUUUAUUAUAUGAAUUGAUGCAUUUAGUGGGUUUAUUUCUGUUAAUCUGGAUGAUUACGACUAAUGAGAAACAAAAAUUCAAUGUUGAGAAUAUUAGACCAGAUCAAUGUAAAGUUUAAAUUGAAAAAGCAAUGCUUCCUUACAUCUACUGUAUAUAAAUGUUUAAGGGGUACCACUAAUUGUGGCAGGAUUGAUACUUUAUCAAACAAAACUAAUUAUUUAUAUUGCAUUGAUUGUUGUGAUGUACAUCUGGAGCAGCUGCCUUUUACAUCAAUGGAUUAGAAAACAUGUUUAGACUAAAAUAUGUUAACUUUGCUCCGAACGAGAUGGACAUACCAUAUUUCUUUUAAAGAUCUUUUAGUGUAUGUCAUGUUGUCAGAUGGGUUCUUGAUUUGCAGUUUUCUUUAUAUAGUGUUUUGCAUGUUUUUUUUGUUUUUUUUAUAUAUAAAUUUACUUCAAGGUAUUGGACUGAAAAGAGCUGAAUAGACACACAUAAUACUUUGCAAAUAUUUAAUUGCAAUGCAUUUCAAAAACAAUGCCUUCCAUUUUACAGUUCUUCAUUAUGUACAACAAAAUAUCUCACGGACCUUGAGGUUUUUAUAUGGUUAAAAAUUAAAAAUAAAGCCCAAGGGGGUAAAUGAUUUCGUGGCAUUUUAAAAGAUUCCUCUUCGCCAAGUCUUUUCUCUGAAUAAAAAAACCUAGAUUAUCAUCACACAUUGCACUGCUUUCAAGUGAGCUAAGAGGUGAGGCAAGUUCAAACCCCAAAAGCUAUUUGUCCAUUUUAUACAUGUGGUUUAGGGGAAGGGCGGAAUUAAAUAAAGUAAAAAGAAAUGUCUAAGGGGAAGUGAUUCUUUGAAAUGAGUCACACGUUGACCAGACAUAAGGAGUUGUUCUUUUUGUUGAUAACCAAUUUGACCUAUACAUCUGUGCAACUUAUCAUCAUUCUUCAUUUGUGUUUGAAUGUUGAAAAAGUUACAUAACCUUUAUUGUUAGAAACCUUAAAAUCUCUGGGUGAAUAAAAAUUUAGGGAAUUAAACCAAAAGGCAGCCAUGGAGAUGCAGGAGAUCCCCACAGAGAGCCCACAAAGCAAUGAAGAGGAGGAAGCAGGUGAGCCGAUGCUGGAGGCGAUAACUCAAGAGGAAGCAGAACCAGUCCGUUACGAAAGCCUCCAAAGUCCGUCGGAGGAUGUUUAUGUAGAAGCCUUUCAUCCAACAGUCAAACAAGGAGAUGGCAAACAGGAUGAAGGAAAAACAGGACUGUACCGUCUGCUGUGUUUUAUCCUCGCAAUAACCUGCCUCAUUCUUCUCGUAGUUGUUGUCGUUCUCGGUGUGAAACUCCAAACUGAAUUCACACUCUGCCAAGGAAAUGACAGAUUUAGUGACCGACAAAGUCCUUCUCCAGCAUGCAGCCUGGAGAACUGCCAGAACCGCUUCCCAACGAUGACAUUCAAGAAGCUGUCCUGCCGGCAGUGCGCUAGCGGCUGGCUCACCUUUGGCAAAUCCUGUUUUUUCCUGUCCACCACCAGACUGACCUGGUCCGAGAGUCAGAAGAACUGCAGCUCCAGUGGAGGAUCUCUGGCUAUUGUUUCCAGCCAGAAUGUUCAGAAUUUCCUCACAAGGAAAGGGAAUCUGAAGUACUGGAUUGGACUGAGACAUGAAGGCUCCACGUGGAACUGGGUCAACAACAAUGAACUCCAGCAGAGCUAUUGGACUGAAGCUGUAAACAACGGAGAUUGUGCCUAUCUGAACAGUGACAGCCCAGCUGAGAAGAACUGGGACAGAGCUUCCUGUCAAUCCACCACCUACUUCAUCUGUCAGCUGCAGUUCUGAUGAUGAUCAACAAUCGUCUCCGUAGCAACACAACCAGCAGCUCGUUUUUAUACCACACUCCAAUCAUAUCCAAGCUUCUUAGAUGAAGUAAAUAUUAUAUUUGUGGUCUGAAUUUGAUGUAUGCCAUUGAGUUAUUCUUACUGCUGGAAUAUGAUUUGUGCCUUAGUAGUUUGGCUUUCAUCAACGUUAGUCAGGAAUCUCUGAUGUUUAUGAUGAUACAUUUCAUGUUGACUCAAAUAAAGACCAGUAAAUUUGU